AUGGCCAAUCAACCCGCCGGUGGUGGCACUGAGUACGAUGAUUUUAUCGAUAACUCCGAUAUUACCACUGCUCGUCCUCCUUCUAGCACUAUCACCAAUUUUAUGCAACUGACCACUUUUGAGCGGUUAAGAUUAGCAGAACAUUUGCGCGCUUGGGUCAAGGUCGUAGAUAAGGAGGAUGCUAAGGCGCACCAACUUACCAUCACCAAGAACCAUCGUAAACGGUUCAACGAGGAGCUAAAGGAAGAUUCUCGACUUUGCGUUAGUGUCUGGAGCCAGGACCUCCCAUUGUCUGUCGCUGCGAAACGCAAGAGAGACGAUGACGAUGAUGACAAGACCCCCUCCCCCAAAAAGACAAAGAGAGAUGGGCGCACCAGCCCCCGGAAGAGCGUCCAGCCAGCCUUUGUCACAAUCAACAAGACGAUCGGCAGAGGAGAGCCGAAGCUUGCCACCAGCGAGUUCAUUCAAUGGGAUGAUCCCUUGGGGGCUGAAAGCAUGAAGGCCAAAGCCAUGGCACAGAAUGAUAUGCACGAGUGCGAAAGUAUUCGCAACUUCAACAAGGAGCGUAUUAUCAAGUCUGCUCGCAACCACAUCGUCGAACUUUCCAAUGCCGGGACCCACAACGACGAUCUGGUAAGCAUGGAACGCCCGUUCGUUCCGGAGCUUUCACGACCUACCUUGGCCUUAGACAUCCUUAAGCAGAUCCACGCCGAAAAUGCUCGUAUCAUUGCUUUCGCUGAAUCUCUUAGCCACUCUGAGGCAAAUUGA